CCGAACGAUCGCGGCCGACUGCGACACAGCCGACUGAGACGCACCGAACCGAGCCGCGGCCAGAGCCGACCUCGCGGGCCCAGCCGAGCUGCGGCGCGGCCCACCUUUUUGAGCUCAUGGCAAGGUGUGGCUUCGAGAGCGAUCCGCGGAGGGCUAAAACCUCCAGGCGCAAGGGGGGGUGGGGGGCGGCCCGCGUCCACACCACAAGCGACGGGGUCGGCGCCCCCCCCCCCCCACCCCGAGGCGAUCUAAAAUCGCCGCGUCAUAAAAUGCUGCUAUAGAAGCAAAACAGGUCGGCGAAAGCCGCCACCGCGCCCUCGGCGCCGUCGCGUCGUGCGAGGAUGCUGUGUGGCGCCGUGGAGGGCUGUCUGUUUGAGGGGCUCCUCCCCCCGCUCGCCAGACCUGCGGCGCUGUCCAGGGGCGGUCUGGGGCUCUCUGGGAGAAGCGGGGAGGGACUGCAGGCGCACAUGCCGUGCACCACGAUGCAUCACCCCGCCGCAGCUCUGUUGCGUGCUGCCACGUGCGCCGGCGCACCGCCGCACACUCGGCACGCGCCGCGCAGAGGGGCGCGGGCGGAGCCACCCGGCACGCCCUGGCGCAAUUCGGAGCACGCGGCGCCUCUGGAGCACCCCGCGCGCCUGCCACGCCUGGGGCGCCCGGUGCACCUCGGCGGCACCGCGCACCUGGCGUCUGCGCUGCCUCCGAACAGCCCCCAUGCCGUGGCGAGCGCGGAACGUGCUGAGGCUCGGACGCGCGGCGGCGCAGCCCGAAUCUCGAAAACUGGCUCACCAGCCAGCGAUCAUCACGCGAGGCAGUGGCACUUGAAAAGAAUCCCGAGGUCCUGGCGUCGCCCUUCUCUUCACAGCGGGCUCUGGUCGUGAUUUGCCCCAACUUUGCAUUUUUUCGCAACGUCGGAUCUCGGGGAAGAACGCAGCAAGAGGGCCUGAUCUUAGACAGGCAGGGUGAUCAGGCGCAUGCGGAUGCGCCGCAUUCGAAAGUCCACGAGGUCACAGCCUUGUCAAAUUACGCCCGACAGGCCGACGGGCCCAACAUCUACGGCAUGAAGUCAUCGAGACACCCUAUUACCAGCACCUCCCUGCGCCAUACCCUGUAGCCAAUCCCACCUCUGCUCCAGGCCGAGCAAUGCACAUGGCUUCAAUGUGCACGGGGGCUUGCUCAAACGAACCAGACUAAAAAAGGAAAGAAAUGAUUAUAUACCAUAGUUAAGUGCAUCGUUUGAAGAUGAUAAGAUCUUCAUCCAAUGAAAGAACGGCACUGACGCCCGCAAGAGCACUGCGAUGACGGUGCGAUCAGGCCAAUGGAUUCGCGGUAAGAGGCGGUCCUCCAACUCAUCCCGCGAGCAAACGCGGAUACACGCGUCAGACGAGAGCCGAAUCUGGGCCUACGGGCUGCCUCCCGCAGCCCCCCCGCACGCCCACACCACGGCAGUGUGGUCGUCCGAUGCGGAGACCAUCAGCCGGAGGCUGCUCGACCAGGUCACCGCGUUGACCGCGCACGUGUGCGCCCUGAGACGUGCCAGCUGGUGGCCCUGGGGCCGGUGCCAGACGUGCACGCAGGCGUCCUCGCCGCCGCUCGCGACGAUGUCCGCGUCUGCCCAGGCGUCAGCAUGCAGGAUGGCCCGGGGGGGCCUGAGCCUCUCAAGAGCGGGGAACUGUGGGGAGCGUGGGUGGGCGCUCCCGCGUCAGAUUCUGGCACUUCCUUGCACCCAGCGCUGGCACUCCGCCGAAUGGCGAGAGGCCUCAAGCUAUCGCCCCCGUCGACGACGGACCCCUCUGAAACAACAGGCAAAUGUCUGCCCGCCCCACCCACCCAGCG